AUGUAUGCCUCAUUAUUUUCCCUCUUUUGUUUCCUUCGCUUAUUACUCAAUCUUUCUCUCUGCUUUUUACUACUCCUUCACCUUUUCACUCUAUCCUUAACCCUCUUCUCUUUUCAUUCUCUUCAUCUUUUCCCCUCAUUCCUCCUCGAUAUUUAUUGCUUUUUAUUCCUCCUUUCCUCUUUUUUAUCCCUCUCUCUUUAUUUCUCUUUCUUCAUCUUUAAUACUAUUUAUUCCUCACUAUAUCUGUCUUUUUCCUCUCCUUCAUUUGUAUUAUUCUUAAUCUUUAUUUCUUCUUUUUUCUACCCCCCUUCUUCUUUUCCCUCUAUUCCUCCCCCUCUUCUCUUUCUCCCCCCCCCCGUCACCUUUAUUACUCUCUACUACUUUCUAUUGCUCUCUUCAUUACUCUGUCCUUUCAUCUUUUUCCAGCUAUCCCGGCCUCUCUUAUCGUCCAUUUUGUCAUUGUUAGUUUAUAUCUCCCUCUUCAUUUUCUUCCCUUUUUAUUACAUCUUAUCCUUCACUCUCUUUUUUUUCCAUUUCCUCUCCUCUCUUUAUUACUCUUCAUUUUGCUCUCUUCUUUUUAUCCCCCCCCUCUCAAUCAUUCUACUCUAUUCCUCUCUUCUCUUUUCGUCCUUUCUUCAUCUUCAUUACUUUUUAUCGUUUUAUCUUUUCACUAAUUGCUUAGUUCUCUCUUUCCCGCCCUUCAACGUUAUUACUGUUAAUCUUUCUUUCUUUCUUUUCCACGUAUUCAUCUGCUCGUACUAUCUUCUAUUUUCCUCCAUACAUCUUUAUUACUCUUUUCUUCUUUUUUUUUUUUCUAUUUACUCCUUUGUCCUUUCUUUUUUUUUCCUACCCUCAUCUUUUUUCACUCAUUGCCUAAAUCUCUCUUCUUUUCACCCUUUCCUAUUCAUUAAUCUUUAUGUUCUCCUUCUUUCAUUUCAUCUCGUUUUUCUUUUCUUUAUCUUUCGUCUUUAUGUCUACCCUCUCUCUUUCUUUCCCACCCUUUUUCCACUCUUUGCACAUCUUUCCUAUUCCUUUUCCCCUUUCAUCUUUAUUAAUCUUAAUCUCUCUAUUCUUUUUUUUUAUUUUCUUUCCUCUUUUCCGUCAAUCUUUUCAUUCUUUUUUCGGCUUAUUCACUGUUCUCCACUUUCAUCUAUUACUCACUAA